UACUUGAAAACACGAAGUAAAACAUACAUAUAUUAAAAUUAUAUUGCAUUGCAUUCAUAUGAAAUUGGUUCGAAUUUGCUUAUAUUUUGCGAAUCAUGGGUUGCAUUAAUAGUACCAACAAACAGUUAUACGCUUUUAAAAGGGAUGGUGUCUUUAACGUCAGUGUUGUUCGCGUUCAGUCGGACCAAUCGGUGGUAUUGGCAAGGCAUGGAUUUCUAGAGAUAACUCCACAUGAACUCGUAUUUAUAGCACCAGAACAAGAACCAGUUGCUUGGGCUCUACAACAUUUGCGAAGGUAUGGACUCACCGGUAAUAUAUUUAGUUUUGAGGCUGGCCGUCGAUGUCCUACUGGUCCCGGAAUAUACACCUUGCGAUGUUGCAAUGCUGAUCAGUUUUAUACAAAAUUUCAAAGGUAUAUUAAUUCAAUGUCUGUCGUUGCGGAUCGUAACAGUUCUGUACAUCCUUCCCACAUAUUUGGGCGCUUAGAAAGUCACCAGCCACACACAAAUCACUAUUUGGAGCCCACAUCAAUGCAAGUUAUUGCUCCCAUGGAUGAGCGCGCAGUAUUGUCUGAGUCAUUUAGCAAUGAUUCAAACGACUUCAACCUUAACUCCCCUGAUUCAAUGCAGAGUACAUCGUUAACUGCUGAAAUCAUACACUUCCCUUCAUCUGUACCAUCAUACUCGAAUGUGAGUCCAAAUGUUCACAUUAGCAGUAGUAAUAUAUACAUGGAACAACCGAUUAAAAUUGAUAUUGAGCAUAACAAUAAUAUAUCUACAGAAGAAACUAACGAUGCCUCUAUUACAAACAGUUGUAAAGCAGCAGUAAAGCCAAUUUUAAAGAGUUCAUCGCUGGAUGUGCCUCCCGAUGAGUGUGCACCAAUUUUUACCGCGAAUUCCGGAGAAACUCAAAGGCUUUACGAAAAUAUCGACUCCAAUGUGGCUAAAUCUGCAAGAAUAUCUCAAAAUAUUUGUAGUAAUUCAUCAGAACGUUCUUAUGCUAACGUCGACCUUCUUCCGCGACUUGAUUUAUCGCAAAUUGGGCAAAGCAAAUCCUUCCAACUGGAUUUAAUGCUGGAAGAGCAGCAGCACACGUCGACGAACGGUCCAAUUGUUAAUUAUAUUAUUUUAGAUUUGGAUCAGCCGCGCAGUCCAUCUCAGAGCUCACCCAAAAACGGAUUUGGUAGUGGUCAAUCAUUUUCUGGCACUGGACUUAAUGUUUCCAGUUUUAAAAAAGAUGACUUAUCAUCAGUUGCUGCUUCGCUUUCAUUCGGUUCAUCUACAAUGCCUAAAGGAUCAACUAUAAGUGACAAUAGUUCAAUGUUGCCAAACAAGAGAAUGGAAUCGUCAGGAAGUUACACAAGAAUAGAUUUUCUAAAGACAUUUGCCUUAAUGAAAUCCUCUACAAAUUAUACCGAUUUUGACCUUGAUAAUGAUCAGGAGGAGUCACGAAUAACCCGCCACAGUAAAUUUGUACGUAAAGCGUAUUCAAUCAGUGAGUAGAUUGGUAACUAACAUUUGCAUCGUUCAAGGGUUCAAUUUGUAUGAUGAAACUAGAGCUGAUAUAAUUAGCAAAUAGUUCAUCGCUUUAUUGAUUUAUUGGAAUAACCAUUUAUCUUCGAAAUACCAUGAAAUAAGACUAUCGAAAAACAAACGUUGUUUAUGUACAUACAUAAAUAAAUAUGUAUGUAUGCACAUUAAAUUUGUACACAUAGAUCGAAAAUAACUCGUCCAUAUACCAAAAAACUCAAAUUGUGAUUUAUAUUUUUGUGAUAAAAAUAAAUCACUGAAUAUAACAGUUAUAAAA